GUCAUAAAAGAAAGUUUAAAAGGGGGGCGAAGCCGAGGAAGUCUUGCGCGAUUGAGGAGAAGUCUUGCACGAUCGUAUUUGGGUUCUUUCGAUUAGCCAUGGAUGCGACGACGGCGAGGAGAGGCCGUGGAGGCGGCGUUUGGGAGGGGCUUUACCGUGUUCUCAUGCGCCGGAACUCCGUCUAUGUCACCUUCGUCGUUGCCGGCGCCUUCGUCGGAGAACGGAUCGUCGACUAUGGUGUUCACAAGCUGUGGGAUUAUAAUAAUGAAGGGAAAAAAUAUGAGGAUAUUCCAGUACUGGGUCAAAGGCAAUCAGAAUGAUGUGUCGAGCCACAAUUCUAUUUUAUUAUCGUCUAGGAGCUUAUGUCAUGUUCUACAGCUUCUAGAAACAUCUUAUGUUGGUCUCUGAAUAAAUUCAGUUCAGUGAUAAUGUGUUUUUGAGCUUUAAACUACUGUUGUGUCUCGUUUUGCUCCAAUGAGAAUCCAAAUGAUUUUUAGGUUUUGUGGCGUUGCAUGAGAACUUGUUUGUAAAAUGUUAUUCCAGGGUGGUUGGAUCCAGGAAAUUUUAAA